AUGACGGUAUGUCAGCGUUUUCAGGUCUGCGGUGUAUUUUUCAUUUGAUUCUGCACACCUUUCUUUCACACGUCCACAUUUCCUGCUGCCAGCGCCUAAUACUUAUCAGUUCCUCUCAUCAGCUGUUUUCAUGGCACUGUCACACACCCUCAUCUCAACCCCUAUCAUCUUGCAGUCUUUCUAGUUUUUAUCUCUCUCUAGUUUGUUCUUUUGUUUUACACGUCACUCCAUCUCAGCCUCCACAUAAAUCCUGAGAAAAUCCAACAUAAAUCACUAUAGUUUCUUUUCACCUGAAACUGGAGGCCGUUGUUUUGUUUUAAUGUAACUGUAUUGUAUUUCUGUGCCUGCUGUAGGACGGCUCCAUCUCUUCUGUCUUCACUGAGCCAUCUAUAGCUCAUAUAUUAGCAGUAUUUAGAUCUGUAACAUUAGAAAGAUUGUGGAAUAGUAUUGCACAGUGAAAAAAACACAAACAACACAAGAUUAAAAAUUAAAGUUCUGCAUUUGCAUUUUCAUGCAGGUGUGAGAGUAUUGGCAACUACUGAAUGAAACCUAAGAUUAGACAAGAAAUAAGACAGCAGAAACUUUUGUCUAAUGUAAAAAAGACCUGUAAAAUAUAUUAAAGGGAUAUUCCAGUGUAAAAUUAAUUUAGGGUCAAACACACCGUAACGCUGAGUUAGACACCCCCUCAAGAGAUGAAUGUUGCUGACCGCUUGCUUCUCGAGUUAUACCAACUUUAGUAACAACUGCACAAUAGCAAUACACAGCGGUCAACAAACCUCAACCAAAACGCCACUCUAUAGCCACAAAUAAUGCUCAGAACAGCACCUAACUUCAUCAACAGUAAAAAUAGGGUCCUAGCCACAGCACUAGCCACUAAACAUCUUUUUAACUUUGCCUAAUUUCUUUAGCCAAGAGACUAAACACAACUCACCUACUCUCUUCCAGCAGCCUCUUGGCCAGUCCAUUACAGAUUGCUGCGGGGUGGUGCAGCUCAAGGAAGAACAUUUAUGCGGUCGAUACUAAAGUUGGUAUAACUAGAGAAGCAAGCGGUCAGCAACAUUCAUCUCUCGAGGGGGUGUCUAACUCGGUGUUAUGGUGUGUUUGACCCUAAAUUAAUUUUACGCCGGAAUAUCCCUUUAAUCAUGAGUCAUUAAUUUAGGAGUAAGAAGCGUGACAACCAACUCUGGUCUCCCCUAUUAUAGAAGAACAAAACAAAAACAGGUAAAGACUGAGGUUAAUAAUUACUAGAUUAAACCUGCUCUAGGGUCUCGGUUUGAUUUAUCCCUGUAGUAGAGCCUCUCUACCGACCGAUGGCGCCCUCCUCUCCGCCUCCUGUGCUCCCACAGCUGUGCUGCUGCUCCAACAUAAACACAGACAGCAGCGCGUCAGGCAGGGUUUCUUCGACAGCGUAACCAGCCCACGGUCAACAUCCUGGUUUCACUCCGGGUUGUCAGCUUGUCCCCGCGGCUUGUUUGGACGGACUUGGGACCUUUUUUUGCCUCUGGUUUGAUUUUUCACAAUCGGUUUUUAAUCGGGGGAAUCUUCAAAGACCCCCUGGACAGGACAGGGUGCAGACUGCUGUCAAGUCAAUCCACGGUGGUGUGGAGCUGCUUCUCAUGUCCGUCCUGUGUGUUCCCGAGUGUGUACGCAGCUGUAUGGACACCAGGAUCCCACUGUGACCCACCCAGAACGGUAAACCGGAAUCUUUACCGCCCUGUAAAUGUUGAAACAACUUUUACUCAUGUGUAAAGAUGUCAGAGUUUUGACUUUGAGUUUUGGCUCACUUUGCCAUGAAUCUCAAUCCCAGUGCGCACUGGAGGGAAACAGACUGAACUGUGGAGGAGUUGUUUUUUUUAAUGAAACUCCUGAGAAGGAAAACAUACUCAGUAUUCAUGUGAACCUAUCUUACAAGAAAAAUGAGUACUCAUUUGUAAAUUAGCUAUUGGUAGGAGAAUUUUAGUCAUGAUGAAGUUCCUGAACUCACUUAAAUAUUUGAAACUUUAAAGCUCCUGUAGGGAGUUUUUUGACAUUUAUGCAGUAGGCUGAAAAAUGUAUUCAUGCCUUUUUUUAAUAUGACAUUUAAAAGCAAAUAGACCAUUUACAACAAGAUUUAUGAUUUUAUUUUGUUGAUGUUUGAUGUCUCAGACCUGUUGGGGGUGGGUUUCAGUCAAGCAGCUUCAGAAACAGCCUAGUUUUAUCGAUUUACAGCAUAGAAUACAAAUGAUUGUUUAGAUAUAUUUGACUGUCAGAAGUCAGCAGGAUGCAUUAAGAAAGCCUUUCUUUACAAACAGUCAAAGACGCUGACCUCUGACCAUCAAAUGUGUAAAUAUUUUUAGCCGCUUGGUACAUACCUACUCGUCAUGCUGGUUUCAGAUAUAUAAUUUACAGUAUAAAAAUGGUCAAUCUUGUAGCUGAUGGUGUUGUUUUCUUUUGUAAUCGCAUCAAUAUGAAUUUCAGUCUAUUUAACCAACGUCAAAAACUCCUCACAGGAGCUUUAAAUAGUUUGUAGAAAACUCAUACAUUUAUUGUAUUGGUUUCUAAAUAAAAAUUUAAUAUUUAAAUACUGGUACUCUAAUUGUAUUUGACUCUGAAGUGGCACAAAAAGGCCAGAAACACAAAUGGCCAGGGGUUAAAAGUUACAGUGUGUUGAAAUGGGAAUAUGUAGCGAUACCAAAUGGUCACAUUUAAGAUUUAGAUGCCCCCUUGCUCACCUCUUCCAUCAGUAGAGCUGCCAAAGGGACGGCUCUCUCUGUGGACGUAAACUCAUGCGAUGAAAAGUGUAAUCCUCCACUUGUCAGUACAAGUUGUUCUUCUUUUUCCAGCUGGUGCAUCUGGAACAUAUUCAAGUAUUAGAACAUUCAGAAAGCACAUUAUAAGAUUAAAACAAACAAGUUUUUAAUUCAGGUAAUCACUAAUGGUACAUAUUUUUGAGUGUUUCUGUUGCAGGCUGAUCUGCUAAAUGUUGCUUGAUGCUACACCUACACCUUAAACUUUUCCAUGUUUCGUUCAUCUUACUUUUUAAGGUCAGCCAUGGGGCUCAGGCAAAGUUACUUAAUGUUUCCAAAUGUGUGCACUUUUAAAAAUGAGGAUUGUGUCGUGAAAAAAAAUGCAUGAACUCUCCCCUUCAAGUCUGACAGACUCAUCAAAAAAUUCUGCACUUGUUGGUGCACCUGCACAAAAACAAUACUGCGCUCUGCGAGAAAUCACUAACAUAAGCGCUAAAAAUUUCACAAAAACAUGUAGAGUUGGAUCUUAUCUGUCUGUUUUUAAGUAAAAGGGAAUUCCCGUGGCUGCAAAGUUAGGCUACCUAUCCUUCCUGUUUCUACAGUUUGUAACACACCUGUCCUAACGUGUGAAAACAAAAGUUUCUCACUGUGAUGUUCUCUUAGCUCAGCAUCAAUAACUAAUGUGACAUCUGAUAGAGAUGAACAUAAGGGUCCUGAUAACAUGAGAAGAUAUUUACUGCGGUGAAACUUCACACCCUGGAACAUACCAUGAGCUGUUCCUUACUGAAUGUUCUCCUGUUCAUUUAUUCAUUCAGCACUUUUUUUUAAAUACUUUGCGUGCUUCAGUUUCCAAAUAAAAACCACAUAACCCCAGCCCACAGAAAAAUCCUACAGAAUUAAAGAAAAAAAUUCCCUAAAGAUAUCAUAGCGCAUAUCUGAGGGAACUCCCACCUUCCUCUUUGUCUCUGUUGAAGCUUAGAGAUUGAAGAGUUUCAGUAUGAGGUGUCAAUAAAGUCCAACUAACAGCGUAGGGAACUUGACUUUAAGGAUCUCUCAGACUUUGCAAAGACCUUGAAUUGAAUCUGCAGCAGGUUUAGUCUGUAAAUUUAUCUUAUCAAAUUCUCAAGUGAAAAGGCUUCUCAGCUGUGAGUAAACGGAUUCAAUAAAUAAAACUAUGACAGAGGAGCUUUGCUGGCGAAAUGAACAUUUUUGCUCCCCCUGUACAUUUAAAUGUAUGUAAAUCUGGUGCAACUGUCAAGAAUCUGGCCUCUGAGUAACCGAACAUAAGCAGUGAAAGGUUAUGUAACAGGGAUUAUUUCAGUGUCUUGCCUUUGUUUGACUAGAAGACACUGAGUCUGACCGAUGCUGAAUUUAUGGAGCCAAUUUGUAAAAUACUUAAGGAAGUACAAUCAAGGUUUGGCAGGUAAUGAUUUCAUAUAAAAACACUUACUAUUUUCAUAUGCCUUUAUACAAUAUGACGGGUUUAGUUCGAUAUCACAAGGGAAGGACCACCAAAGAUUAAUUAUCAUCCAUACUGAAACCAUUAACUGAAAGUGUAAUAUUACUUCAUGGGACCCUCAGGACUCGAUAAACUCAAAUGAUAUUGAUUUUCGGAUUUUAAAAAAUAUCUUAAUAUCACCAUAAUUAGUUGUAUUCAUUCUUCGAAGGAAUAUAUGUAAUAGGGCUGGGCGAUAAACCGAAAAUUUACAGAUACCGAAAUGUACGACAAUAACCAACGUCAUUUUGCCCAUGUGAAUAUAUUCAGUGUCAAAAAAAUAUAUUAAAAAAUUGGUUUUGGAUGUGUGUAGGUAGGCUAUGGUCUUAUGUCCUUUUUAAGAUGCUGUCCUACAUCAGAGACGUGACUCCACCCCAUCCAGUCCGUAAAAAAAGAGGGAAAGACAGGUGAGGAGAUGGAGGACAGUUCAAAAGUUGGAGCUAUUGGAGCGACGGCUAAAGUAGACAAAGUUAAUGUGGGCGGGGUUGGGCAGCUUUUGGAGUAGUUAUCGUCAAUUUAUCGUUAUCAAGGUGAACUGCUCAAUAUAUUGUGAUAUUGAUUUAAGGCCAUAUCGCGCAGCCCUUAAUAUGUAAUGUAUAACACUUAGACACUAAAGAUUGGUCCUUCACAGAGACUGUCUACAGUAAAACAUCAACUUUGCAUCAGUGAUGCCUCUCACUGGUUCCUGAAGAGGUGUAUUGUAUGGUGGUCCCCAUAUUGGAAAUUCUGACUCUUGGUUGACUUUGCAAGGGGCAGAGAGGCAAAGUCAAGGUUGAGUUAAGGCGGGCCUUCAGCGCCCGGGCCAACAGCUACAAUGUACCCACCUGUCAGUCAUGUCAGCCGCACCCUUAAUUAUAUAUAAUUUGCAGCCUUUAUAUUGUGAGAAUGAACGAGUUCAAGUAAGUCACCCUUGUAUACAGUGUGUACAAGUAGAGAACUAGUAUCUUGUGACCAAAAUGGUAUUUUGUACUAGGCCUCUCGAGAGUAGGGAGAGGAGCAGGAGGACACUGCCCAGCCUGGCAAAUGGUUUGUGUUUUUGAGAGAGCUUUAAAGUGAAUGCAUGUAAUACAGAAGCCAAUUGUUGAGUUAUUGUGUUAACCCAUAAAAUGAUCUGCAGUUAUGAUUUUUUCCAUAAUUGAGCUGACUUUUUCGUUAGUGUCCUGGUUGUAAAAGCUGUGAAAACUUCUCCAUUGUAUCCACUUUAAAUCCAAAACAAGGUUAAGAACAUUUGAUAUCUUUGGCACACCCGGUCGUGUCCCUCCGGCUGUAUUCAAUCUUUUCACAAAACUCCCUCAGUGGCUUAUAUUUCUGCAUGGUGACUUGGAUGUUGAGGGAUUAAGCCAUUGCAAAACCAGCUAUUAGACAGGUGUAAGGUUGCAAGCGUAACAGGAAAAACACAUUGCUCUUUUUUCACAAAGUAACAAGGCAUUCCGAAGAUAUUUCCGAGUACUUUAAACUUUCUGGGAAUCAUAAACAUCAGGUGCUCUUACUUUAAGGCUGAAAAUCUCUGCCUCUGAAUCCUUAUUGAAAGGGUUUACAAAGAUGAGUCAUCAUAAGUAAACCUCAUAAAUAAACUGGGAAACAAACUAAGGGGGGUGGGGGUCACUUCAGUUGCUUUACUGUUUUGAAACACACAGUUCCUGGAGGGAUAAACAGUGUGAUUCCUGAGAAGAAAAUGAUAAAUGAAACAUGCUCGGAUUCUGAGUUACUCCCCCACUGUGCAGUAGUCGCAGUGCAUUAUAAUCUCACAUUUAGAUUAUUUAGCUGACAUGCUGUCUCGCUUCACAUGAGAGAAAUGAGCUUGAAGGAUACAAAGCAAACAAUUCAGGAAAAGGUGGUUUAAUGAUGUGAAAUUCAUGUCAUAGUGUUUGCAUGUACUGCCUUGUUCAAUGCUAAAAGGAGGUCAAGUGUUGGUGCAGAAGUGUCAGUGAGACACUACUUGCAGAUCAGUGCGUAAGUGUAGCAUUAGAGGGAUGAAUGGAGUCAGUAUUUGAGUUUAAAGAAGGGGAAUGGCCUGAAGCUGGAGGAACUCUUCCAGUGUGGGUUCUGUGUUAAGCUACAGUACUUUAUUUGUUAAGGUGUAGCUGCUCAAAAUCAGGAUUGGAAGGCAAACAAAGAAAGAAGCUGUUAGUUUAAGGAUAAGUGAUGAAUUGAGCUGAAAGUGUCAUCACCCAGGCAUUUAAAAGAUAAAAUAGCCUCACUCUUAUACAGAUGUCUCAUUAUCACCUCCAAAGGAAAAAAUAGAUUAUCAGUGACUGGACUUUUUCUUUUAAGCACUGGUAACAUUUGGCUUUCAGUAGGUUUGCUUGAUGUUACAAGUGAAAAAAAUACCUUUGUGAAGAAUGCUCCUGAUGUAAAGCCUAUCAUUAUCUUAUACAAAGGAAGGUGUGUCUUCACAAAGCCUGUAUGAAUUAAAAGUCUAGAGAACAUACAGAUCACAGGUUCAGGCAGUGAGCCUGGAUUUUUGUCCUAAAGAGUUCAAAGUGUUCCCGGAGUUUGACAAAAUAUUUGCAAAGUGAGUUCAGACCAGCUGGAUGUUUUAUAGAACAUACUGAUAAAGCCUGAUGUAUACACUGGAGCAAGAUUUAUAAACUAGGACAUCAAGAUGCUUGACAGAACACUUUAAUAUGCUCUGAUUUCAUCAGAUUUCCACUCUGGGUGGACCCAAUCUGUCCUCUUCUUAUAAAAGUCGAGGAGUGUCUCUGUUAAAUGGUGGUGGUGGUGGGCUGGGCCUUCAUGUGUUGUGUGGUUCAGCCUGGGUGGACUGCACAGAGAAACUAACAUUUGCCACAUGUUUCCUCGACAGCUCGACACCAUGGCUGCUGCUGCUGCUCUCACCAUGCUCGCACUUUUCCUUCACAUCUUCUCUGCCUCUGCGCUGGAAUCAGCCUCCCAGGACGGUAUGUUUGUGAGGGUUUUAUUUUUUUCAUUCUGCAAAUGUUAACUUAAAAUACCUGCAUAGUUAGAGUUAAUUUGAUUGUUUUAACUUCAGUUUAGAUUAAAAUUACUUAAAAUUGUCCAAAAUCUGUUUUUGGAGUUGAUUCUUUUUUUUGAAGUUUCUGGAUGGGGUCAUCUUCAAAUCCUGUUUGUUUGGAAUCAAAGGUUGCACAACAGCAGAUGGACUGGAUCCUAAAUCUGCUCCUAAUUGGCUAGGGGACAUUUUGUGCCUGGAAAAAGUACAAAAUAUUUAUAGCUAAAUAGUUCCUGGGCUACAUUUGCGAUAAGAUGUCUAUAAAAUGCAUCGCACAGCAGCCAAGCUCUCCUGACAGAGCUGCAGGGAACAGCCAGUGGAUUUCCAGUGAAGUGGCUUCCCAGGAAUUCUGCAGAGCAGAGUGUGCUCCACAGUUGAACAAUGAGGAGCUGUUUAGUGUGUAGAGGCCCCCUUUCUACUAAACAGCCCCUUAGCGGUGGUGGAAAGGAUGUGUAUUUGCAUACAUGGACUGAGUUUUUUAUCCACAGAUGUAAACAAGCUUUGCACUGACCAUUUAAUCAGACGAGGACAUCCUGUGCUUUUGUCUUGUUACAUAACCGUGUCAGUAAAUGAGCAGAGGCGUGGAAGGGGGACAUGUUCCUUUCUACUUCUGAUCUUUUACUGCUGCUACUCAUUUCAUUUCUGUUUUCAUUUUAUGUCCUUACUUGGCACCGGAUCAGGCUGUGUGCGCAGGCAUGUCUUCUCCCGUUUGCACACUAUGUUCAAGUUUGCAAACCUCUAACAGCCUGCAGAUGUCUGACUCGAUGCCUUGAUUCUGAGUUUGUGAAAUGGUUUAUUCAGUCAACACGACUUAAGAGUUACGGUUCAUGGCUGCUCGCCCAGUGGGAUGAAUUAUAGCGUGUAAUUGAGGAAUAGACAUAAAAAAAGAUAUUUGUAAUUUCAAAAUUUCCUAAAAAGAGUGACCCAAUCAUGCAGAUGCAACUACUUAUAAAUGAGAGCUUAGCGGGUGGUCUCGAGGUCAAGAAGGAAGGGGACCACAAGGUCUUCUGCUCCCUAUCCUAGCUGUGGGGGCUACUUUUAGUGUCUUUUUUUUAACCUUUUCUUCACAUGCACAUCACUCCUGACAAUAUUUCUAACAUUAUCCUGCAGGGGUGCAUGUUUGAGUGCAAAUUAACCCCUGCUUUAAGAGGACUCCUUUCUCAUGUGGUCUCUAUGUAAAGUCGGUUUAAGCUGAUGUGUGAACACAGCAGCUGACAGUCUGGAACAUUCACCUAACAAACAGAUAACGUUGUUCACAUUAAUCCAAGGUUACUGCUUUGUACUCUUGACUGCUUGGGAAAGUGAAAUCAGCUCAGAGACAGUAACCAUUAUAGAAGACUGCUCUUUCUCCUACACACUCCACCCUGAACGGACAUCACCUACAGCUAUCAGAGGAGCUCUGGUUGUAAAAGCAUGUCAGCCAUGCACAAACCCUUGUAGUGGGCUGCAGGUAUAAAGGAUAAUUUAAUCUUUUUUAGAACCUGAGGGUCCUGAAAUUACUGAAAAGCUGUCAGGAGAUCACAUGUAGAAGUGCUCUUGUUAACCUGACACCUGUGAAACUCUCUUCAGGGAUUUUUUCUGAGUUGUCUCUUCAAAGUGCAUUUUUUUCUUGUGACGUUUAAAAGUUUGUGUAUCUGGCAAAAAACAUCUUGAGAUGAUUUUCUAUUGAUGUUUCAUAUCAUUAUACCAAAAAUUUUAUUAUAUAUUGAGUUUGACAUUUAUUUAAAGAACUGCAUCUUUUAGGACCUGCUUUCCAUCAAAAACAUAAAUCAAAUAGCUCAUUAUGAACUCUGGAUUUUAGAGCUUUUUUUCUCGUCUCUCUGACUAUUCAUGGACUCGCUACACAUUCACGCCACAUUCAUACACGGAUGACAAGGGAACUAUGGAGACCAUCAGUAUUAACUACAAAGUAAUCCCAUUCAAACCCAUUUGUUGACAGCUGACUGUGUGUGUCAUAGGGAGCAAUUGUCUACGAACGCUUUGGUAUGUUACUGGGUGCAGGAGUUGAACUGCCAACGCUGUAAUUUGGAGGUUAUUUUCACAGAAAUGUAUUCAGUAGAAACUGGUAACCUAUUAAUCCUUUCUGCAGAACCAGUGAUUUUGGCUGCUGAAAAAAUUCCACCUUUUAAAACCAAGUGAAAUCUUGUCACACUUUCUGUUACUGUGUGAAUCAUGUUCAUUUACAGCCCUCUGUCAGCACCUUAGUGAAGAACGGCUUUAUGCACAGAUGCAUGGUGUUCCUCACUAAGGUGUGUUAUUGCGAAGUGACACAGACAACUACUGGCCUUGUAUGCAUACAUAUAUGUUUUUUUUGUGUAAGUGGAUUAUUUCCAAACCAUUGUUGUUCAAACACGUAUUUUGUUCUGUUCUACUCUGAACGAGGCUCCAGGGAAAACUGGUUCUGGAAAUUGAGCCACAGACAGCCCUCUGGGACAGGGAGACCACGAAAAUAUGCAAAGUACAACUACUAACCAUGGAAAUCUUGCAAUACUAUACUAUUAAUAAACUCACAAUACAUUAUUUAUUGCAACAUUUAAAAAAGUAAAAGAAAAAAGUAAAAAGGAGACUUGGAUAAAAAUGACUUUUUUUUCUAAUCUGAGGGAUUCUUCAUGUUUGAUUUCACCUGACACAGAACAGACCUGAACACUAUUGCUGUAAAGCUGUAAAGUCUGAUGCAUUAUUAAUAAUGCAUUAUAUAAGAGUGAGGCCCAAUCUUAAAAAAACAAGUAGAUAAAAUAAAACUAUCAAUAAGAGCCAAAAAACUACCUUUUAGGAUCUUUUUUUAUGAGAUUGACACUUCUAUAGCAACUAAAAUGUCCAUGUUUUUUUUUUUUUGUACAUUUAAACUCAGACAGACAUGAAAACAAUAACAUGACAGAGGACCCUGGAAAACAAUAGUAUGACCAUGAGUCUACUUAAGCUAUGAAUACAUAUAGAAAAAAAAGGAGAAGUUUCCUUUAAAAUGCUGUUUGCCUGAAAUAACCUCUCUGGCUUCAGUCACUGAAAUUGAAUGGUCUCUCAGUGGGAGGAAACAAGCGUUUCCCCCCUUACAUGAUCAGAGCUGAUAGAUCACUGAGGAAUAAGGUCAGGCUGUCACUUUCAGACAGGCAGGGCUUUUAUUUCUGCGUGUUGUUCCUUAUCAAAGCUUGUUAACAUUGUAAAAAGUCCAGUUAUGACCGAUUAGGACAUGGUGGCCCUUGGCAGAGGAAGGAAGUGGCUCUGAACUCGGAGGAUGAGGUAUAUCCCCUGAGAACGCACUGACUGAUGUGUGAACACGUGACCUCUCUCUAAAUGAUUGUUUGUCCUGUGAGCUGACAGGAAAAACAUAAAUAAUGGCAUCCCACCAAAGCUUUAUGCUAAUAGAUGCUAUAACAAGAAAACACUUAUUAUCAUCUCCAGGCUCUGUAGAGAAAACACUGGAAAUGUUUUCACAAUUAGCAAUGUUUACCUGUUAAUUACAGGAACGGCUAAAGGGGCGAGUGAGGUCUUUAAGGGACAUUAUUGCGAGCUCCUGUUUCCUGCUUCCUUUGAAAUUAUGCCUGAGAGGAAAUGCCUCUGAGCUAAUCAAAACAGAAUGAGCGAGAAUGUUUUGUUUCGCCCUGAAAUAGACUGUGUGGGCAGCACUCGGAGAAAAUCAUGCUGUAAACAUGUUUACCCUGUACGGUCGCCUCAGCGAGAGGAGUCCUCUAAUGAGAAUGCAUUGUGAAUUGAUAAUCAGGUCUUGGAAAUUGCGUGUUUGCUUUGCAGCCCUGAUGGCGGUGUUCAGAAAAUGCUCGGCCUCCACUGCUCUAAUGUUUACUUACACCAGAGGUGAACUCUUGUGGCAGCUGUUGAGCAAACAGCAGCGAGCGCAAUAGCACGGACGUGAAGCACACUCGAUAGCAAGUUGUUCUAGUUUUACUAGAAAAAGCACCCUCCGCCAAUAAGAGCAGGGAUAGUAAAAGAAAAAAAAGUACACCAAACAAACAGCAUGUGUAGCUGGAAAAAAAAGAAAGUCAAAAUGAGGAUCAAUACAGUUUUUUUCUCUGCUGUUUGGCAGAAACACAUGGCUCUAUUCAUCAUUUUUACAUUUUUCAGGCAACUCUUUGAAACUUCUCCGACAUGCAGCAUUUUUAGAGACCCAGUGAUGUUCUUUUUAAAAGCUUCAUAUUAAAGGCACUGUGAGGAGAUUUUACCGGAUUCUGACAGCUGCCGUGAGAACCUUUGGUCCCAUCACUUAUCAAAGAUUAUUUUAAGUAUCUUUAGGUAGUUUUCUCUGCUAAAAAACACAUAGUUUUCCACAGUAAGAUAGUUUUUGUGCUGUUCCAAAUGUGGAGAAGCAUGUGUCUUCAAAGAGCUGUCAACCAGGCGGGGUAAUUAUUUCACUUUUGUCACGUGUGUGUGUUUAGUAGGAGCUCAAAUCAGUGCGCAACUAAGUCAGAGAGUAAAGGAAGUGAUAGAUUUGAAUAUAAACCACUAUAGUAUCUACAACAUUUGUGCUACAGAAGGAGGAAAUACUAUCAUGUAGCCAGGGGUUUGAGAAAGGAGAGCAGGGAGAGGAGCAUGCGAAGGCAGGUGUGUGCCUGAAAAGCCAAGGGACGAGACAAAGAGGCUGCAGCGAGCACGAGCGUGCAUGAGCGUGAUCAAACUAACACUUGCUAGGCUGAAGUGACAGCAGUCUGUUAUAUCAAAACAUCGAAUUCUAAUUUUUGUUAUAACAAAGAUAAAGGUUUGAAAAGGCUCAUAGUGUGUUAAAUCUGCAGCAUAUGAUAAAAUGACAGAGGAAGAGGAGCCCAGAUCCUUCAGCUUCAGAGUGUAAAAUUCCUGCUAUACUGUCAUUGAUUCAAGAGAGCAUUUUCAUCAAAACUAAAUCAAACCUCCUUUCUUAAGGUAGGGCUAGGGAUGACGAUCGAUGACUGAGUCCAUUAAAUACCCAUAAAUAUAUAUAUGUCUAAGUUAUGUAUAAUAUAAUGUUUUGAAACAUCAAUAGAAAAUCAUAAAUUUCUUUUCAAUAAGAUGAAAAACAAGAAUAGGCGCUUGGGGAUCCAUCAAAAAUAGGUAAAAUAAAAUAAUGAGCAGAUUGUUUUGCACACAUCAACUGAAAAAACACCCAACAUAAAUCAGUCAAGAAAAAAACGCUGCUAUUACAGGAUUUUUCUGUCCUGUGCGCACACUUCAAAAACUACCCAGCUGUCAUGAUUUAUCAGGAUGGAGUGAGCCAUAAAAGUGCUUCACAUAGCUGAGUGUCAAAUUGAUUUUUCUUUUAAUCCUGAGCUAAGCACAGUUCCGAGGAGGACUGGGGGUCUGGUAAACAGGUUAUUUUUAACCUGUAGCUCCCCUUCCACGAAGCACCCCGAGUAGGCCAAAGGUAUUCAUCAUCUGCUCUCAGUGCUGCCUCUCUGCAGUAGAGGAGCCAUCUUGUCCUCACACGUCUCAGUACUUAGCCCGCUCAGUGUGUGUGUAUAUGUGUGUGUGUGUGUGUGUUUCCUCUUUGAAAUGUUUGUGUCAUCAGCACUACUGCUGCUGUCCCCAGAAUCACUGGUCACAACACCUCCUGGUAAUACAAUCAGAAGCACUUACCGAGAGCAGGGAGAAAAGCUUCUUCAGCCCUUAAAGGGACAGUCCGCCUGCUUUGUGCAAAAAGGAUUUUCUGUCUCACCCAGUGAUGUUGCAUGUCAUACAGGAAGUUGUUUCCUACCUUAUGAGGAGUGAAACGCUCUUUGAAGAUCCUUGAAGAAAGAUGGUCCAUUGACAUCCGGAUUUUGUUGAGACCUGAAAAACAGAAUUUUAAAACCUUAUUAAAUUCUUACACUCUCCUCUUCUAGUUAUGACAUUUAUCCCAGUAACACUGGGUGAUACACACACCUGUCCAGCCCCUCCCUUGAUGUUGGACCCAGACUCAAUGCCAAAUUUGCACUCUUGCAUUAUCUCUUGCAGGAGUUCAUCCAUUUCAUCAUAACGGUCCAUUUGUGCAUGGAUGCUUAUCUAUACUCAGAAUUGGUCCCCCGGUUAUGGGACAUUGAGAUUCAGCACGCUGCUACACGAUAGCAUUUGGCCUUUUCAUUACAUUCUGGCAGGUGUUGAUUAUUCAAAGCCUCAGAUAUUUGAUAUAUUAAAUAAGUUUAAGAUAACGCCUGAAAGGAAGUGCAAGAGAGAGGGUGAGAGAACAGAAGCAAAGGAGUUCGCCAUUGCACACAGAAGUGGAGGGGAAAAAAGAGAUUUGCAAAUCUGUACAGAUCACAAUCCAUAAAUGCUGCCAAACUGCAAAAGUCAGAUCUGGUUUAGGGAACCCCCUUACCCGCAGUACGCUUCCCCUGUAUGACUGGUAGUUUUCAUAUGAUGGUGACAUGACCCCAAACCUGGUCUAAUGUCAUCUCCUGAAUCAACAGUUUAGAGAAAGUGAAAACACAGCCACAUAAACACUGUUCAUAGAGGCAUUUAUUGUAUGUUUUAAGCAGAGUGCUUUUUAAUGGUACUGAAACCGAUACCUUUGCUACUCUUACAUGCCAUAACUACAAUGAGUGUAUCAGUGCAACUUAGCUAAAGAGGAAAAAUGGUCCUCCUUUUUGGUCCAUGUCUCCCUAUUUUGUCAUAACUUUGGACUCGAAACACAUCUGUUGCAUCAAAACACAACAGUCUCCAUCUGAAGCACAUAAACAGCAAAUAUCGAGUCAUUUUUAUCCAUUUUGUGGCCACAGCACAGAGGAAUCUGGAUAAAGCUACCCACUCUGUGUUUACCGACUUUCAAUGUGGACAGUAAAACAUCACAGAGUUUGAUCCACAUCAAACUCUGUGUGCAAACGCAUUUCUAAGUAUUGAGAAACAUAUUCCCCGACAGCUGUGGCAGUGAACUCUCUCGCCGCAGCUUUCACUUGAAGAGCCGUAACGAAGACUUCCAGGAAAAAGCUGGUUUUUGCCCUGCGGCUGGAACGCUAACCAGAGUCACAUAUAUCAUCCUGACUGUGAAGUGGAGCACAGCCGUCUCCUGAGGCAACAAUGAGUCAUAGCACUUACAAACAGGACUGUAUAAUGAAACAAACCCUCUUAAAAAACAAUAACGUGAUGAUUUUUCUCUCUCCUCUUUCGCUGUCUACCCACAGUCCUCCCUCAGAGAGCCCCUCACCUCACCGGCUGCUUCUCCAACAACAUGGAGACUUUCCGCUGCAGAUGGAAUGUUGGAACGUUUCAGAACCUGACAGAGCCAGGAGAUCUGCGUUUACGCUACAUCAACAUAAAGUGAGGGGAAUUUUUUAUAAAGGACAAACAGAACUAUGUUUUCUAUUCAGAGACUGAAAGUGAUGUACUUAUUACAACAAUAGAUGAAACCUUCGCCCUCCAAAAAAAAAACAAAACACUAAAAUGUCAGAAAAAGUAAGAGUGCUUAAGAUGGAGAGACCCUGAAGAAAAGUUUGUGAAGGUACAGAGCUUCAUAUAAUUAGAAACUCUGACAGAGGAAAGAGAAAUUGGCCUUAAAAAAUUGUAGAAAUACACAAAGCUUUAUUUAUUUGUGUUGUUUGAAGUGCCCGCUUCCAUAAAUGCCCUAUCUUUCCCCCUGGCAGCAGCUAUGACCUCAAUCUCUCGAUGGCACUCACUGUUGCUAGGCUACAAAAAUUGUCGCAUGGCACUUUUGCUUCUCUUAAUAGUGACCAUUACAUCUGUUUUUAAGCAUUAGCAGCAAUUCCACACCUGGAAAUGUUACCCUGAAAGCAACGAGUGAGGUGUGUUUGGUCUCAGCUGUUGACGCAGACAGGGUGGGUGGUCUAAGUCCCGCCCCUUCUUGAUUUUGAUUAAGGAGAGUGACACUGACAAGAGCAGUGGCAUUAAUACAAAUGCUGAUCAAAUGGCAUUAAUGGAAACAGGCCCUAAAAUAAAGAUGAAGCUCCACUCGGUUUGAUUUUACUCUCGCUUACACAAUUCAUAUUUCAGCUUUUUCUGAUUCAAGCUCCCAUUUCCUUUAUAUACCAGAGCCAAAUAUUUUUAUAUGAUUCAUUUUAAUAAUUUAAAUUCAGACUGAACAAUUACUCACAAUCAAUGCAGGCUCACAAAAAAACAUAUCUUUGCUAAAACUAUAUGAGAAGCGUAUUUUGUUGAUAAAACAGACUUGUCUUUUAAUGUAGGACAGCCGUUCCCUCCCUUUUCGCAUUUUUAUUUUUUCUGCUCUGAUUGAGGUCAAACACGGUCGCUGUUUUUACAACUGUUUACAUUGAUGUGUUCAACAACCCUCAUCUGGCUUGUCAAGCCUGUGUUUACGAGGCAAAAGUCCAGUUCAGGCUGCUGCUUGAUUUGUAGAUAUUAACCUGAUUUGAAGAGUAAGUAAGUAAAACCGAGACCAUGAAUGUGUUUGUCUUUCUUCAGUGAGUUCGGUGGUUCAGUGGUUAGAAAAUGAGUAACCUCGGGUUACAAAAUAACACCGAAAGGUCAUGGGAUGAUUGAAAUGACAAGCCUUUCAUGACUCUAUUUUGCCUUGAUGAGAUGAAUAUCCACAUUUGUUUUAACAAUCAUGACACUGAGUUGUGUACAGUCAAACCGAAAACCCAUCGGCUCCUUCUGGAGUAGAAAUAAUAAAAAUGAAAGUUAAAAAAAAAAAUCCAAUUACAUGGUUUUAUCAGAAAAAAAGUCAGAAUUAUUCUCGGCACAGUGGCAAACUUCAACAAAUAAAGGAAACAGUCAUUUUGUGGAGGACUUUCUCUUCGUUGAUUUGUUUGCAUUUGGUCUUAAUGAGUGGUAUCUAGUGGAAACUGGACAGUGCCCUCUAGAGGAUGACUAAUUAAUUAAGGAGUUGUUUCCUCCCUCUUCCAAAUGCUUGAUUUUAGACUAACGUUAUCCUCCCCCCCUCUUGCAGACCUCCUCAUGUAUCCCCUACAGAGUGGAGUGAAUGUCCUCAUUACAGCACCGAGAGGCCAAACGAGUGCUUCUUUAACGAGAACCACACAUCCAUCUGGACUUUAUACAACGUGCAGCUCCGCUCCAAAGAUCAAGCUACUCUCUAUGAUGAGGAUAUAUUCCAGAUUCAAGACAUUGGUAGGUUAACUGCUUGGGUGACAAGAUUUACAGUCAAAUAAAAAAGAAGAAAAUUCAGAAACUAUUUGCUGGCAUGGGAGCAUUUUUUUAUAUUCUGCUUUUUCUUUUUUGUUAAAAGUGUUACAAGGAUGUUAUAUUGAAUUAUUCAAGGGUUGCAAUGAAUCCUAUUUCUUUCAAUGUCAAGGGUCUGGCAAAAAAGUCUUCAUUCUUUCCUUCGCUGCCCUGUGCAUGACACAUCACCACAGUAUACUACAGGAUAUAUUGAUGAAUGUUGAACUUAAAAAUCUGCCACCAGAUUGGACGCACAAGUUUUCGUAGCAGGUUAUCAUCAUUGCUGAUUAUAAAAUUCUGGUCGUGCAGUGGAACCAGACCCUCCAGUGAACCUGAACUGGACCCUGCUGAACGUGAGUCUGACCGGGUCAUACUAUGACAUCAUGCUGAGCUGGAAGCCUCCUCAGUCUGCAGACGUGGAGAUGGGAUGGAUGACUCUGCAGUAUGAGGUCCAGUACCGGGAUGUCAACUCUGACCGGUGGGAAGUGGUGAGUGUCCCUUAGAUUCUGAAUUCAGCUGUAUUAAAACUAUGAACCUAACCUCUGAGACACUCUCUAGUAAUCUGUAUCUUCCAUUUUUUCUCUUAACUGUAAGAACAGAGCCCAGUUUUCAAACCAUGCUCACAAAACUUCUAAUGUUACUGGCAAAAUCAAACAAUCAGAUUGAAAAACUUCUACCUGCGCUCAAAAUCACAUCGUACACACAAUAAUCAAAAUUAAACGCUACUGAGCAGGUGUUACACACUCCAGAAUUCAACAUUAGAAUUAGCAGUGUGUCCCACUAAAGCAGACUUCCCAUUUCUCACUGUAAGAUUACACAAAUGCAGAGACAGAGAUUCACCAUGUUCUUAGUUGCGGUCUACCUCAUCCUGUUUUUUCUUUUCAUUAUCUGUCACAUUCACACACUCUCUUCCUGCCUCUUUGAUAUCAACUUUUUUCCCUCUGAACUGGAUUGUUAGGUGUCGUCAUCGUAAAUAUCAACAAGUGUUUUCAGUUUGUGUAUAACUUCUGACACCUGUGGUUUGUUGUUAUGCAUCACAAGUGCAUUAUUGUGCAAAAAAGAUGAACGAGAUCUGCAAAGCUACCAUUUUGCUAUAAAACUCAGAGGUUUUGUUGAAACUUCACUUAUUUAUGGAGAUGAAGAUUGCAAUGCUGUAGCAUCCUUUCUGUUAUUUGAAUUUUGUUCUCUAUGCUGCAGCUUGAACUUGUGAAAAGCACACUUUGCUCCGUUUACGGCCUCCAAACAAAUGCCAACCAUGAGAUCCGGGUUCGUUGCAAAAUGCUCGGUGGGGGAAGGUUUGGAGAAUUUAGCGAUUCUGUUUUCGUCUACAUACCAUCUAAAGGUAAACACUCCCGCUAUGUGUACAGUACAUUAUGAUUGACUGUGCUGUUUCAAAGGCUAUUAUAGUCGCCUUAUAUUUACAGCUGAACGUCCUUGUCCUGCUGAAUGACUAGGCUUGUACACAUUACAGUUCUCCAUCCUCUCAGCCCAGCUCUGUUUGAAUAAAGCUAUAGAAACAUUUCUGUUCAAGUACAGAGCCCCUAUACAAACAGAUAUAUAGAGAUAUAUUAAGGAAUUCAUUCAUUUUUCAUCACAAAAGUAAAAGCCUUCAAUGGUCAUCUAUUUAAUAUAUCAAAUAUGAUGACUAUAUGAAGUAAACAUGUCUCUCUGUACAUUUCCCUGCCAGUGUCGAGAUUCCCUGUGGUGGCCUUGCUCAUCUUUGGUGCGCUGUGUUUAGUAGCAAUUCUGAUGUUGGUCAUCAUACUGCAGCAGGAAAAGUAAGUGCUAUGGAAACACCAGGGAAGCUGUUAGUGCAAGGACAGUAAUGAAAAAAAAAAAAAAGGAAAAAAAACCUGUGCACUGCUGCUUGGACAGUAUGCUCAGCUCACUUUGUCCGCUGCUUGGCCUUGCAAAGUGCUACAGUGUCUCUUAGCUGUCUCUGUUAUAGUUUUAAGCUGCUCAUACUGAUGUGUGAAGUCAACUGUACUCUCUAAAUUUCAUGUGAUUUGUGUGAAAUGUCAAAUUAAACAAACAUGUCUUUCUCCUUUUUUUUUAAUUCACCAAAGGUUGAUGGUUAUUCUAUUGCCUCCUGUUCCUGGACCUAAAAUAAGAGGAAUUGACCCCGAGCUACUAAAGGUAUUCAUCUAUCUACAUGUUAGGAUGCUCUAUGAAAGCUUGUCGAUUUAAUUGUUACAACCUGUUGGAUUUAUCAGUCGCCCAACAUGUGCAAAGACAGCGACAUUAAAAGGGAUAUUCCUAAACACAACUCACCUACUCUCUUCCAGUAGCCGCUUGUUUGUAGCGAGACCUCGGGCCAGUCCAUUACGGACUGCUGCGGGGCAACACAGCUCAAAGAAGAACAUUUAUAAUCAUUACUUUAUCAUCUCCUUGAAGUAAUAAUCAUCAUAUUAAUAAUUUUGCGUCUUGGUCUGAUUGCAUUUCCAUGAAGAAAUGAUCAUAAAUGUUCCUCCUUGAGCUGCGUCACCCCGCAGCAGUCCGUAAUGGACUGGUCUGAGGUCUUGCUACAAACAAGCAGCUGCUGGAAGAGAGUAGGUGAGUUGUGUUCAGUCUCUUUGCUAAAGAAAUUAGACAAAGUUAAAAAGAUGUUUGGUGGCUAGUACUAUGGCUGGGACCCUAUAUGUACUGUUGAUGAAGUUAGGUGCUGUUCUGAGCAUUAUUUGUGGCUAUAGAGUGGCGUUUUGGUCGAGGUUUGUGUGUGGCUCCUUAGACCGCUGUGUAUUGCUAUCGUGCGGUCAUUACUAAGGUUGGUAAAACUAGAGAACAAAGCUAAUAAGUGCUCCAAGAGUUUAUAAACCGAUGAUUCUCAAAGUGGCCCCCUUAAAUAUUCAAACCAGGUUUUUUUUGCCCUGCAGAAAGGGAAGUUGAGAGAGUUGACAUCCAUUCUUGGUGGCCCCCCUGAUCUGAGGCCCGAGCUCUACAACAACGACCCCUGGGUGGAAUUCAUCGAUCUGGACAUCGAGGAGCAGAGCGACAGACUGGCGGACCUGGACACGGACCAUCUCAUGCAAUCAUCCUUGUCCUCAAACAGCACUCCCCUCACCAUUGGCUUCAGAGAUGACGACUCAGGCCGGGCCAGCUGCUGCGAUCCAGAUCUCCCCAGUGACCCGGAAGCCUCGCCUUUCCAUCCUCUGAUUCCAAACCGCACCCUCAGUAAGGAAGAACUGCUCCCAGAGGCCUCUGAGCCAAGCCCUGAGGUCCACUGCCACACCACUGGGGAGCUUUCUUUUGAAGCACCUGGCAAAGAAGCUAUGUACACUCAGGUGAGUGAGGUAAGGUCAUCUGGCAGGGUGCUGCUGUCACCUGAGGAACCAAGUGUGGUGGAGAAAACCAUUAAGGAAGAUGUGAAAGCAAAGAAAGAGAAAGAAAAUGAAUUUCAGCUCCUUGUGGUGAAUCCAGAUCAGAGAGGUUACACUUCAGAGCUCAAUGCGGUGAAAACAAGCCCUGAGCGGUCUCCAGGAGACACGUGUGAAUCCUCUGAGGCAGGAGGAGACAUGAGCUGUCCGACAUCCCCGUCUCCUCAACACGACACAGACACCAUGCCUCCUCUUCCCCCUGCUCCUGUCUACACCGUGGUGGAGCAUGUUGACAAGCAGAACAGCCUCCUACUGACACCCAAUUCAACACCAGCCCCCCAGCUUAUAAUCCCUAAGACUAUACCAACACCAGACGGUUAUCUGACCCCUGACCUUUUGGGAAGCAUCACACCAUAA